AUGGAUCCGUUCAACAACCCCGAUACUCCCAACACGCCUUCGAACAACCCGAAUACUCCCACCAAUCCGACCCAACCAAAUGUUUUUUCGGUUCCGGGGUAUUAUCCAACGCUAGAACCGAACCAAUUCUCCCAAUUUUCAUCGAACGCUUUUGCGUCAUUCCAACAAUCGCCCAACCAAUUCACUCAAAUCUCCCAAAAUCAAGCUCUUCAACAAAUGAUGAUGCGGGGUGCUUGGAACUUUCCACCCGUUCAACCUCAACCGAUCCCCACACCCCCCGUUCAACCCCAACCGAUCCCCACACCCCCCGUUCAAUCCGAACCCGAAGAUGAUGUGGAGAUUGUGCCCGAAACCCAACCGCCAAAAGGGAAAGGAAAACGAAACAAAGGGAAACAAGUAGCGGGUGAUCAAGCGUCGAAACCGAAGGCGAUUAAAUGGACCCCAAUCGAAGAAGAAGCAUUAGCCAAGGCUUUCAUUGGCACUUCCGACAACCCGGUAAAAGUUGUAUCUCUUGACGGUCUAAAGAAGACUAAAGAGGACCUUUUACGUGAGCAAAAUAUGGAACUUGCAACUUUUCGGAGAGAACGUGAUAAUUCGGAAGCUGAAAGAGCUCAACAUCUUAACAAAAUCCAUGAAUUACAAGAACAUGUUCAAGAAAAGGAAAGAAUGCAUAGAGUUGCUCAAGAAGCUAUCUUAUAUAAAGAUGAACAAAUAAGGGAGGCUCAAGCAUGGAUUGCAAGAGCUCAGGAGAUGGAUGCUUUGCAGUCAAGUACAAAUCACUCAUUGCUAGCUGAACUGCGAGAACGCACAGAACAAUACAAUCAGCUCUGGAUUGGUUGCCAGAGACAGGAUAAUGCUAUGCUCAGAUGUUCUCUAUCAGCUGAUUCUCAAGACAUUAGUUCAAGAGAAGAUUCAACUGAUGAUGAGAAUAUGAACAUAAAAAACAAUGUUUAA